AUGGCGAAUCUCGUAAUUAACAUUGCUACGCCGUCGAAUAAUUCCCAGCAUACAGUAUUUCUUUUUGAACUUAACUAUGGCGUCGAUACCGAGAAAUACUUUUAUUAUAUAAUCAUACAUUCGUAUGUGGGAGCUACAAUAAUGGGCCAUUUGAUUGUUGUAUGUUAUACCCUGUAUGUGCUGUAUGCUCAACACGCCUUCGCUCUAUUUGCUAUUGUCAGUUACCAAUUGAAGACUAUCCAUAUUUUGGAUGCAAACAAUUUCAUAAAUUUAAAAGACGAUAAUUGGCUUAAAAAGUACGAAUAUGUAGAAUUCACUCCAGAAGAACAUAAAAUGGUAUACGAGAAAUUGUUUUUCUGUAUUCAGGAACAUCAGAACGCGCUCAAGUAUGCAAAAGAUCUCGAAUCGUUGUUCAUGAAAUCCAUAUUCUUUCAACUGUUCUUUAAUUGUUUAACAUUAAGCGCUACAAGCGUUUGUACUGUGAGGAAGCUAGGUAACGUAGCCGAAACGAUCAGGUACGGUUCGGUCUCGAUUGCACAAAUAACUUACAUAUUCUCUCUUUGUCUUCCUGGACAAAGGCUAAUGAAUCAUAGCGAAGACGUAUACGCCGCCACAUACGAGACUAUGUGGUACAAAUUUUCCAAAAAGACUGUAAGUUUAUAUAAAAUACUGCUUAUAAGAUGUUUGAUACCUAGUAAGCUAACAGCGUUCAAAAUGGCACCAUUGACGAUGGAAACAUUUCUCACGGUAAUUCGAGCAGUGAUGAGUUACUUCACUGUAUUGUUGUCGGCAAACGAAACUAGCGAAUGA